AUGUUCCUCCACCAAGUAAGACUCAUCUUCCUGCCACUCAAACCCAUUCCAUAUCUUUCAGAACCAACUGAAUUGCAAUUGGUCACCGAAGACUUUCUGACACUCGCCCGUAUCACAAACGCAAUUUUUCUUCAAGCGUCUUUGAUUCGGAAGAAUUUAGAUGUUCGGGAAACCAUUGCGGAACUUCUAAAAAUUGAUCAAGCAGAUCUUUCGGGUAUUCUGGAUAUCGAUUCCCAAUCGGCACUUUCCAAAGUUGAAGAACUCAAGAAAAAGAGUUCAAAUAUAUGGAAAGCAACAAUGACACCUGAUUCGUCGGUUGGUUAUAUUAUUGACGAUUUGAACAAGGUGUGGGAAGUAUUGAAUGAAAAUCGGGUGUCACCACUCGUCGCAAAUAUAUCGGCGGACGAGCUGAAUGCUGCUGUAAUUAGUGUAGCUGAAAAUAUUUCGGAGUUCAGCAAUGCUUGUAAAAUUGCUGAAUUGAGAAGUUUGAGAAGUAGAACAUUUAAAUACAGCGAACAAAGUUUGGAUGUCGAUGAAGAUGACGCGUCCGAAGACCUCAGAAAGUUUGGAAAAUAUUUGAAGUGUUUCAAAAAAUGCUUCGAUUUUGUCAAUAGUUUUUCUAAGAGUCUACAAGAUGCAUCGUUUUGGGACAUCUACAAAAUGUAUGAAUUAACGUACAAAGCUUCAAGAAUGUUUUUUGAAACCAAUAGUUUGAACAAAUACAUUCCAAAGCUGAUCAACGAUUUGGCCAUCACGAAAGAGCUCAGAGAAUACUGGAAAAACUCUGGAAAUUCUGGUUCUGAAAUUUUGAAAUCAUUGGGCUCUUAUGAAGACCAUGAUUCCAAACUGGAACCUACACCUCCAGUUUUGACAGUCGCCUUUCGGACGCCACAGGAGAUGCUACAGAUAAACAAAGACUUGGAAAAUCCAUGGUUUCAAAAACACUUUAUACGAGGAUCAAAGGCUGUCGAUAAUUUAAAGAAAUCGUUGGAACCUCUUCGUCCAAUCUCAGAAUCAGUUCAAAAUUUGAGCAAAUUAUGGGAAUCAUUUGAUGUGCUCAUGAAAUCUGGACCUGCAAAAUUGAGAGUAAAGAAGGUUGCAUCUAUCUUGACUACUCUCGAGCUUAUGGUUAAAAAUCAGAGCCUGCUGACUCAUGACGAUUUUCUAGCAACUUCUAGUAAAAUACUGAUAGAUUGCACUAUCAAACCGGAUGAUGGUUUCACAAGAUUACAAAAAAACUUUGAAAAACAUGAAAAACCAUUGAAAAAAGUCAGAGAAGAACUUCGGAACCUUCAAGACCGAUUCGAUCUAUUUGGAAAGACGAUAAAUACAAGAAAAGCAAAUUUCGAUAUUAUCGAUUCGUGUUUAAACGCUCUUGAGAUCACUGUCCAGUCAUCGAGGAAGGGAAGUACUAAAAAGAUGACAGCUCUACAGAAUGCGAUACGCUCGUUUUCCAACUGCACGGCGAGUCGUCAAAUGACAUUGAAAUUGAUAGAUCUGAUUGCCAUCUUUCGUGAAUAUUUGGAUAGUUUUAAUAAUUUCGAAACGGCUUACACAAAAUUUCAAAUAGAAAUGAAUAGAAGAGAGACGCUCAGUAACAGCGGUGAGAUUGUUCAGUUUAGCGAAGUUUUGGAAAAAUCCAAAGUGAAUGAGACAUUGAAUUGUUUGAUGUUGAAAAACUUUGAACCAGAGAAGCUCAUGCAGUCGAUAACAUUUGCUCGAACGUUCAGUGAUUUCCCCAAUCAAGAAAAGCUGGAUACCGCGAAGACUUUUUUGGAAACCUUGCAGAAUAUUCAAGCAAGUCUGAAAACAGUUGAAAACAAUUUCAAUCUUACUGGAAAUCGAACAAAACGAGCUGCUGUCCCUUCUAAUCCUGUGUUGACUUUGAAUAACUCGAGAUUUCAUUCGGAAGACAUGGGAAUUUGUGCAAUUGCUCUUUCGAAUAUGGUGGAUGUUCAGGCUAAAAGAGGAGAUCUUUUGAAAAUCAAAAAGUUCACUGGUCGAGUCGGCGAGAAAAUAGAUAGCGGCGGAGUCGUUUUGAAAAACUUCAAAAAUCCCGAGGCCUCAAUUAGGACACUUUUAGAGCAAGUAGAUGAAGUUAAUGAGAUGGCCAAGAAGUUACGAAAUAAAGUUCCAUCGAAAGAGGCUGAAAUAUUCAACACAGUUGCUGGAAUUGAUGGAAUUAUUGGAAACCGAGAAAUAUUGUGGAAAAUGUGGAAGGAGAAUAAGGGCAAGCAAGAGUUCAUAAAUGCUGAAAAGGAAAUCAACACACUAAUAUCGUUAAAUCUUGACUUUCAAACCUAUCAGUCUCGAUUGCUAGAUGGACGGUUCACAGUCAUUACUUUGAAAAAGUAUUUCGAUGAAAUAUUUGGUCACGUGAAGAAGUCUAAUCCGAAUGAGAAAACUAAAGUAGUUGUUGAGAAACAUACUCCCAUCGUACUCAUUAUAUUGAUAGUUGUCGGGGUCUUACUUUUAUUGAUUAUUGGCGUAAUUGUAAUUUAUGGAUUGACUAAAAAAGGAAGAGAGAAGUACAAGAACUUGUAUCUAUUCUACUUUGGAAAACCGGACGAAUUUGAGAAAAGAUGGAGAUAUUCGGUGAGAGGGUUACAGGAUGGAGCCCAUUUAAGCAGCGACUUACAGAGUUUCAUGGACAAAGUGAAUGGAGAAAACGCUCUACUCAGCUCGAUACAUGAGAUAAAUAAGACAAAUAUGUUGAUUGCAUUGAAAAGAGGAGUGUACAUUAAUGCAUAUAACAAAUUUGGAAACACAGCUCUCCAUUCUGCAACUAAAGGAGGUCAUCCAGAACUUGUGGAUGCUCUAAUUCGCCAUGGAGCCGAUCGAACUCUGCUGAAUGUGGAGAACCGUACUCCUGAACAAAUGAUUCCGUUCAAGUUCCAAAUAUUGUAUCCUGAACGAGCAGAGAGAUACGAACAGAUACAGAAUAUUUACAAGAAAUAUCAGAAGAAGAAAUACAAGAUUCGAGUUCCAGAAGUGUUCCCACUGACUUCGUAUCGUAUUUGGAUUGAGGAUCGGACUGAUGACAAGUUGACGAAUCAGUUCAUGGACGUGUUCCAGUCGAUUACAUCGAUUGAAGCAUCAGCACUGACAACUCAUUGUGUUAUGAAGACGGAUGAGAAUGGAGUUCUCGUAACUGAUAAUACAAAUCUUCUAUUCUGGAUUUUCAAUGGUUCAAUUAUUGUGAAAGAGCAAUGGAUGAUUGAUUGUAUUCAAGAUCAGAAACUAAUUCAACAAGAUUUCAAAUAUCUCAUUGAAAAAGUUCAAUUCAAGGGAGUUCUCUACGAUAAUGUACUUCAAUGGUCAGAGGCAAUGGCAAAAGGAGAUGUUCCCUAUCUCUACGGAGUGCAAGUCGCGAUUGCCAUGAAGGCGUGCAGUAAUAUUGUCACUCUUUCUGCUCUCAUCACUAAUCACGGAGGUAUCCUGUUGGACCAGUUUCCAGACAAAAGCAACUAUAACUCGGGAUCCCAUCCGUAUAUGCAUUCUCAUCUCGGACCACUUUUUGUUCUUCAUGAUGGAGAGACUGAUUUGAGUAAAUUCAAAGAUGAUAAAAUGUUCACAUUAUUCACGGAAGACGAGUUCAUUGCGUUCAUGUUGAGAAGAGAUAUCAAGAAAGAUUCGAGUGAAAACCCCAUUUGUGUUUUGAGAGAACAAGAAUAA